AUGGCGACCUCAUCCGAAGAUCCUAUCCUAUCCCUGUCCGACUUGAAUUCCGCCUCGGCGCUCGAGCAACUCCUCGUACUCUUAUUCGAGCCCUCAGAAGCAUUGCGUAAACACCUAGUACCUUCUGUUCUCUUGCGCUUGACAGCGAGAUCCAGUCCACCAGAAAACUACAAUGAUCUCGUCGAUAUUUGUGAAGGAGUAGCGAGUGAAUGGACCUGGGAUCAGAAAAGUGAAUUCAUAUCUGGUCAUCCAAUGAUCGGUGAAGUCAAAGGAUUGAGUAAAUUGAGUGAUAAAGAACAAGGUAAUUCAAGUCCUACUCCAAAGGUCGUUCUUGACAGGUUAUCACACUUGAACGAAUUAUAUUGUAUCGUAUUCCCAGGAUUAAGGUAUAUAACAUUCGUGAAUGGUAGAUCUCGACAAGAUAUAAUACCACCUUUUGAAUCCAUUUUGAAUAUACCUCAAUCACCCAAACCUUUGCCAGAGGAUUUCGUCACUGAUCAACCAUCACUAAACUCGACAGAAGUGAAAGAACGGAUAAAAUCGAUGGACAGCGAUGAAUGGAAAGAAGAGUGCGAGAGGGGUUUGAAGGAUGUAUGGCUGAUUGGAAGAGCAAGAUUACGAGGUCUGGGAUUAGAUUAG